AUGGGAAGUUGUCAGUCCUCCAACACCGUGGAUGUGUAAUGCAAUCACAAUCGACCCCACAUAGCAAUAUGUCUGGGCAAGGCAUGCACAAGAGACGAGGGAGACAGAAGACUAUGCGAAGAAUGUCUGGUUGACCAUAUGUGCAAUGAUCGCAUCACGAUAGAUGAUGGUAUGCAGUGAUUCUCUAUUGAAAAGCAAUCAAGUUCGAUAGUUACGGGAUUUAGGAAAUAGUGGACAAGUUUGAUCGAGAUUAAAAUUCCCCUAAUGCAACUGGUGGAUUAACUUAAACCUUAGCGAAUUUUAAAAAUAAUUUCUUUGAGAGCUUUAAAUCAUAUCAAGGAUAUUAUGACAUCUAUUUGAAUCAGUAUCUACUUUAAGGAAUGCCUGAUGCAGAACUAUUUGGAGAUGCCGCUAGUUAAAUUGUGGAGGCAUUUGAAAAAAAUGAUUUAGGUUAUAUCUAAAAAUAAGGAUGCUAGAUAUUACUCAACACAUACAACAAUCCAUCAUUGAUCAAAUAGAUAGUCGGAAAUUUGGACUAGGCAUCGAAGAAGAUCUCAAUAUAUUAGAGUUAAGUGGAAUAGAAAAUGCGGAGGUUAUAAGACUCAUUCUUCAAGGAACUUCUCUCAUUGCCAUAUAAUACUGCCAAAUCAUUCAAUGGUUCCAUUUUGAGCAUUGAUCCAAAAACUUAUUCAUAUGAAUUCUCAGCUUAUUUGACCACUGUCGAUACAAAUAGGACGAGUGGUUCAUUGAUUUCGUUGAAUUGCACUGAUCACAAUCAAAAAAUCUAGGUGAUCUGUUGUGAUAGAUGUCCCAAUAAAGACGUAAGAUUGUGUGGUCAAUGUUUGAUAACUCAUAAAUGCAAUGCGGGAUAGAGAAUUAAAUUGAAAUCUUUCGGUUAGGAUCAAGCUGCAAUAAUUGAGGCUGCUAUGAAGUACCAAAAGAAGGUAACCCUGCUUCUUGAUAUACAUAUAGAAAUAAGAGAUAUAGGAUGCUAAAUCCAAGGUAAAAGCCUUAUUUGAAGACCUUAUGAGGUAGAGCAUUAAGGAAAUUGAACUGUUGGGAUAGAACUCUAAACGAAUGAUGCUGGAUUCUCAGUUGGAUGGGAUCGACUCGCAGAUCAAGCAGGAAUUGCCAGCUUACGUAAAUAAGUUAAAACUAGUACAUAUUGAUAUUUUAUUAGUGGUAUUUGCCAAUCGAAGCAUGGUGAGUUUAGACUAAAGAGGUGUGGCAAUCAUUGCUUACUUGAUUCAACAUCCAGAAAUAAAAAACUAAUUGGUUGCCUUUGAUGCAUCCAGCAAUGCAGUUUAAUUCUUGAAUAAAUUAGUUGUCUAAUUAGAAGACGUCUCCAAGAGGUUCUUAUAGAGUGUAUCCCAAGUUGAAGACAGUAUGAUUGAUUAUAAAAUAUAGUUGCCACUUUUGAAAAGAAACCAAGUUAAAAUCUGGAAUCCUCUUAAAUAUUCACAACCAACAUUGUGGCCAAUUAUGGUGCCACCAUAACUCCUUUGGGCUUGAACCAGUCAUUGUAAAGGUAACCAUCAGCUAAUUUAAAUUUCAAAACAGAUUAAUCUUUUGAGAAUAAAAUAGAUGCUUGUCCUGUAAUCAAAGUGCUUAAAGAUUUUGGAGAAGAUCAAGACAACUAUGUGAGUGACAUCAUCUUCUAUUAAAAUCAUCUGAUCGUCUCAACUGUGGAUGGAUUGAUCGUUAUUUAUAAAGGUAUCGGGGACAAUAAGAUUGGAGAAUAUUAAUUUGAAGGCAAAUGCACUAGCAUCUGUGGAUUUGUAUAUCAAGGCAAAUUGGCGGUGGCUGCAUGGUAAACUUAAUAUUCUAAGCGUGUAGCAUUGGUAAUUUCGAAGAAUAGAUCAUUGGAAUAGUCACUUUUGAAAAGACCAUAUCUUUUUAAGGUCAAUUACAAGGACACUCUGAUCCGAUUUUGAUGAUAAAACAAUUGAUAAAACCAGAAUAUCUGGUCAGUUGUUCAGGAGAUCAUAGUGUCAAGAUCUGGGAUACUAGCUCAAGUGGAUUAUUGGACAGCAUUAAGGCAAAGACCAUCAACAAUCAUAAGAUGGCAGUCAGGGAUGUCAUUCUAAUUAAUAGUAAUCAACUCGUAUCUGGGUCGUUUGAUGAGACCAUCCAAAUCUAUGAUCUGAAAUCAGAUCGAAUCAUCUAUGCCAUCCAAUGCGAGGAUUGGAUUUAUUGCGUAUAAUUUUGAAUUGAUUGCAGUUACAAAACAUCACAGAGAAAGCGUUUGCUGCAGGCACUGGCUCUGGAGAUGUUAGAAUUAUUAGUACGUCUAAUUAUAGCGAGAUGCAGAGAGUCAGAAUCGCUCCCAAUUACAUUAAGAGUAUCAUGGUGUUUUCUAAUCCCAACUACAUGUUCUUAUCAUGCAAAAAUAGAGACAAUUACAUCAUUCGCAUUUAGGAAUAUAGACAAAUCGAUUACAUUACGAAGACUGAUGAAGUUGACUUUGUUCCUGAGGGGAUCUGCGUUAUUGACAAUUACAUCUUAUAUGGAGAGGCCAAUUCAGUUAAAAUUAAAUAUGCUAGUUGA